CAUGUACUUAAAUAGCUUCUGCAGAUACUUCCUUGUGCAAACGCAGCCAAAACAUGCACUUUUCCUAUCGACUGCCCACUCUGCGGCACAUGCGGUCACACUAAUACUCACAGCUGUUCAAAUUACAUAAAAAUGGCGAGCUCCAUCAUUCUGGCGGGACUCGGUGUGGCUGCAGUGGGCUUUGCGGGCAAGCACAUGCUGCGGCGCAUGCCCCAAAUGACCACCGCAUUCAAUGAGGCACUGAAGAACUUACCCAAGUUUGAUGCGGAGAGCAUGGCUGCUUCGAAGUACUACAAGGGCGGCUUUGAUCCCAAGAUGAACAAGCGCGAGGCGGCGCUCAUACUGGGCGUCAAUCCGAGUGCCUCCAAGCUGAAGAUUAAGGAUGCGCAUAAAAAGAUAAUGCUGCUAAAUCAUCCGGAUCGUGGCGGCUCACCGUAUCUGGCGGCCAAGAUCAAUGAGGCCAAGGACUUUAUGGACAAUUCUAAAUAGUUGCCGGAACGGGCCGGAUCUGCCGCCUGCGCGUGUGUAAAUAAAUUAGUCUGUGUUUAGCAUGUAAACAGUC